GUGAGGACUCGGACUUCAGCCCCGGCGAGAAGGCGCAUCGAAAGUACAGGGAGUACAGCCCCCUCUACUCCUCCUCCUCUCAGCAGCAGUAUUCGUCAUCUCACAGCGCCCCCAAAAAGGGAUAUUCCAAAAUGGAAAGCAAGAGCUACCCCAUGUACGAGGAAUAUGAGAACGAGGGCUAUUGUGACUAUGAGGGAGAGGAUGACGAGGACAUGGGCAAAGAAGACUAUGAUGACUUCGCAAAGGAGCUGAACCAAUACCGGAGAGCCAAGGAGGGGUCGCACAGGGGGAGAGGGGGUCGUGGUCGAGGCCGAGGCUACCGUGGUCGUGGAAGAGGCGGGAUGCGAGGGCGAGGCAUGGGCAGAGGCAACCGUGGCAGGGGAAGAGGGGAGCACCCGGAGGAGGAGGAGGAGGAAAUGUAUGAAGAGGAAAUGGAGUACUGCGAAGGAGAAGAGCCUGCAGGGGGAGAUGAAUAUGACGACUAUUCCAAAGAGCUGAACCAGUAUCGCAGGAGCAAGGAAGGAAGGGGCAGAGGCUUAGGUCGUGGCCGAGGCCGUGGCUCCAGAGGGCGAGGAGGCAAGGGGAUGGGCCGAGGAAGAGGCCGAGGGAGAGGAGGCAUGGGCAAAGGAGGUGGAAUGAAUGAAGAGGACGACUACUACGAUGACGACAUGGGGGAUGGAGGCGGAGGCGGGAAUUAUCGGCGGAACGACCACGAUAAAUCUCACCAGCAAUCAGAUAAGAAAGGAAAAGUCAUCUGCAAAUAUUUUGUGGAGGGAAGAUGCACCUGGGGCGAACACUGCAACUUCAGCCAUGACAUUGAGCUGCCAAAGAAGCGGGAACUGUGCAAGUUUUACAUCACCGGCUACUGUGCCAGAGCUGAAAACUGUCCCUACAUGCACGGGGACUUCCCUUGCAAGCUGUUUCACACGACUGGGAACUGCAUCAAUGGAGACGACUGCAUGUUCUCCCACGAACCUCUCACAGACGAGACGCGGGAGCUUCUGGAUAAGAUGUUGGCAGACGAUGCUGAGGCAGGAGCAGAAGAUGAGAAGGAAGUGGAGGAGCUGAAGAAGCAAGGCAUCAACCCCUUGCCCAAGCCGCCUCCCGGGGUCGGACUGCUGCCCACCCCCCCUCGGCCCCCGGGGCCGCCAGCUCCAACGUCGCCCAACGGCCGGCCCAUGCCUGGCGGGCCGCCUGCUCCCCCGCCCCCACCGCCCCCCCUCCCGCCCCCAGGGCCGCCGCAGAUGCCGCCUCCGAUGCACGAGCCCCUCUCGCCGCAGCAGCUGCAGCAGCAGCAGGACAUGUUCAAGAAGAUUCCCUCCCUCUUUGAGAUUGUGGUGAGGCCCACCGGCCAGCUGGCAGAGAAGCUGGGUGUGAGGCACCCAGGCAUGUCUCCGCCUAUGUUCCCUGGGCAUCCCGACAUGCCCCCCGACAUGCCCCCCGACAUGCUUCCUGACAUGUGCCCUGACAUGUGUCCCGACAUGCCCAUGGGCCCCGGGAUGAACCCUGGCCCUCCCAUGGGCCCCGGGCCCCCAAUGAUGCCCUUUGGGCCUGAGGAGAUGCCCCCUGGCCCACCAGCGCCCGACUUCUACGACGGCUUCUACCCGCAUCCAGAAGGCUUGGAGAUGGACCCCAACCUGAUGGGUGGCCCAGAGGGCUACGGGAACUACGAUGAGAUGGACGAGUUGCCUGGGGAAAACAUCUUCCCCGACCCUUCCCUGGAGCCAGACCCCUUCUGCGACGGAGGGAUGCCCAGGCUGCAGAAGCCUCCCACCAACGUCCCCGACUUCCUGCCAUCCACGCAGCGGGCUCUGUACCUGCGCAUCCAGCACAAGCAGCAGGAGGAGGAAGAGAGGGCUCGGCGGCACGCGGAAGGCUACAAGCCGGAUCGGGAGCACGAGGAAGGUGAUACUGGCAAUUGGUACUCCAGCGACGAGGACGAUGGCAGCAGCAGUGUCAGCUCCAUCCUGAAGACUCUGCGGCAGCAAAGCUCCAGCCGGCCCCACGAAGAGGCUCCCAGUGGCGCUGGCCCCGCCUUGGGCAGGAGCGACCCUCGCCUCCAGAAAAGCCAGCCCCUGGGGGGAAGCAGCAGCCGGCCGGCCGACCCUCGCCUCCUGCGCGACCCCAGGCUUUCUCGAGGCGUGGAGCCUUCCGCUCCCCCUGGCGCGGGGGACGCAGGCCCCACAGAUCCCAGGCUGGCACGCCACAUUCCCCCCUCUGCCCCUAAAGCAGACUCUCUGCAUUCCAGCCCCUCCGCUGGGCAGAAGGGUGUUCCAGUUCCGGAAGAGGAGGAAGGGGAGAGGGCCCUGAGGGACAAGCCGGUCACGAUUCCCCUGGACGCUUUGCCAAAUCACACCCUGAGGGACCCUCGGGGUCAGCUGCAGCAGUUCAGCCACAUCAAGAAAGACAUUGUCCUGGUCAUGCCCGGCUUUGCCCGCACGGUCCUGUGGAGCCCCGAGGACCUCAUCCCGCUGCCUGUCCCCAAGCAAGAGUUCGUUCCCGUCCCGGCGGCUCUGCAGGCCCUGCCUGGUCUCGAUCCGCGCCUGAACCGGCCUCAGAACUCCACCAGCCUCUCCGACCCCAGGCAGCGGGCGGCAGCCCCAGCAGAAGCCUCGGCCGGCUCCGGCUCCAGCCUCCCGGACUUUGAGCUGCUCUCAAGGAUAUUGAAGACAGUCAACGCAGCGGGCAGCCCAACCCAGAGCGACAAGCCAAGCGACCCCCGCAUGCGCAAAGCCCCCGCUGACCCCAGGCUGCAAAAGGCUUCUGAGCCAGCGCCCUCGGCGCCCUCAAAGCCAACAGACGCCGCCAGCGCGUCUACAGCCGGCCCUGCUGCCUCCUCGGAGGCAGCCCCCAGCAUCGCUCCCUACGACCCCCGGCUGCUGACAGCGGGGGGGCUGAGCAGAGUCACCGGCCAGAGCAGCGUUCUCAGCGGGAUCAGCCUCUACGACCCAAGGACUCCGGGCUCAGGCGGCAAGGCUGCGGAGCCAGCUGGGGAGGGCAGCCCUGCGGCCAAGGGCUCCGACAGCGGCAGCAGCAGCAGCAGCAGCAGCAGCAACAGCAAAGGCGGCGCCAGAGGGAAGGAGCCCUUGUUUGUUCGCCGGUCGGCCCUGGACCAGCUGGAAGCGGAGAAGCCGAGCGCAGAACCUUCGACCGACAGGUACAACAGCUACAACCGGCCGCGGCCCAAGGCCGCCCCCACCCCCACGGCCACCACUGCCGCCGCCGCCGCCACGCCUGCUGCCACAGAGACUGCCGCCCAGCCUGGCGUCCACAACCUCCCGGUGCCCCCCGUCUACGGCAUGGUGAAGCAGGCGGCCAAGUCCGGGGCAGGAAGCCCCUUUGCUGGAAACAGCCCUGUGCACGAGGGGGACCCUCAGGACGCCGGCUCCUUAAAGGAUGUUUUUAAAGGCUUUGACCCCACAGCCUCCCCCUUCUGCCAGUAGUAUUAAAGACUUGCCCCUGCAGGCAGCCUUGUGCGCGAGAGAAGCAGCAGUGUUCGAAACUUGUUCUCUGAUUUUCUUUUUUAUUCCAUUAAUCCUCCCCCCUCUCCCCCCCCCCAGCCAUAUAUCUUGUAUAUACACCCUUUGGGUUUUGCUCAGUGCUGUAGCGUGUAAUAUCCAAGCUGCAUUGUAAACAAGUAAUCAGAGUAUCUUUAGUAGUACUAGCCAGUAUUGUCUGACGCCCUGGGCCUUUGCUUGAGGCUCACCUGAAAUCAUUCAUUGCCAGCUAAUCCCUCCAGCCCUUAGCCCUUCCUUUGCACAGUGGGCUACGUCCGAACCCCUCCUGCUCCUCCUCCUCCUCCUCCUCUUCAGGUGUUGUCUGU